AUGGGCGUCUCUCUGUUCGUCGGCUUCACCCUUCUCUCACUCUGUUUGCCCACUUCAACAUCCGAGCUUCUACAGUUUCAGCUCUCCACCAUAUCAGCUGCACCUUCGUUUUUACCCGAAGCGCCUUCUAGUUUCUCAGCUUCACCUCCGGAGGCUACGUCUCCGGAUAUCUCUCCUCUGUUCCCUACUCCGGGUUCGAGCGAAAUGUCUCCUUCUCCGUCAGAAUCUUCUGCCAUGCCGACAAUCCCCUCAAGCCUUAGUCCACCAAACCCAGAUGCUGUGGCUCGUGAUCCUCUGCUUGACACUUCUCCGGUGGGGUCUCCUCUGCCUGCAUCUUCCUCUGUGUCUUUGGUCUGGUCACCACUCUCUCUGCUUCUUGUGUUCCCCAUGUUGCUGCUACUACCUUUCUCCAGAUUCUCUAGUUAAUCACUUAGAAACUGAGAGUAAGGCCCUCUUGACAUCAUCCUCUGCCAAAAAAACAAAAACAAAAACAAUGUAUUUUCCUUGUAAUUUGAUAUUAUUAUUAUACCUUUUCUAUUAAUUGUUCGUAUGAAAAUUGCUAAUGAACUUCAGCCAUUUGGCUGGUGCACUUGUUCUACUUGUAACACUUGUGUUUAUGGGUCUUGUGCCUCAAAAAGAAUCAAAAUUGAUUGAUCCAAAUGAUAAAUAAUAAAUAUCUCACA